AUGUCGUUAGCACCUUUACAUAAUAACGAUCACAGAUUGAACCUAUAUCCUAAUGGAGCUACUAGAACUCCCGUGAAAAAAAUUUCAACUCAAAAUGGUAAUAACAAUAAUAAUACAAACAAUAACUUGAAAAGCAUUGAAACUCCAAUAAGUAGGGCUAACCAAGAAGAAAAGGAGAAUUAUUAUUCAAACUUACAACCUAAUAAGAAUAAUAAGAGAACUGAAGAACAUCUUUAUGACCCUAAUCAACAACAACAAAAUAUUAAUAUUCAAAUUCAAAGCCAAAACCAGAACCAAAACCAGCAGCAGCAGCAGCAGCAACAACAACAACAACAGAUGAGGCCAGCUACAAAAAAGAAGAAGGAAAAAUUAUCUUCUUUAUGUAAAACACCUCCUUCUUUGAUUAAGACAAGAGGAAGAGAUUAUAGAAGAGGUCAGUUCCUUGGUGAAGGUGGGUUUGCUCGUUGUUUCCAAAUUAAAGAUGAAUCUGGGAAAAUAUUUGCUGCAAAGACUGUUGCCAAGAUUUCUAUCAAAACAGAAAAGACAAGAAGAAAAUUAUUAUCUGAAAUUCAAAUUCAUAAAAGUAUGAAGCAUCAAAACAUUGUUCAAUUCGUUGAUUGUUUCGAAGAUCACAUUAAUGUUUAUAUCCUUUUAGGUAUGUGUCCUAAUGGAUCUCUAAUGGAAUUAUUGAAAAAAAGAAAAAUAUUAACUGAGCCAGAAGUUCGUUUUUUCACAGUUCAAAUUUGUGGUGCAAUUAAAUAUAUGCAUUCAAGAAGAGUUAUUCAUAGAGAUUUAAAAUUAGGUAAUAUUUUUUUCGAUGAAAAUUAUAAUUUAAAAAUUGGUGAUUUUGGUCUUGCUGCUGUAUUAGCCAACGAUCGUGAAAGAAAAUAUACAGUUUGUGGUACACCUAAUUAUAUUGCACCUGAAGUUCUUUUAGGUAAGCAUUCUGGUCAUUCAUAUGAAGUUGAUAUUUGGUCUAUUGGUGUUAUGAUUUUUGCUUUAUUGAUUGGCAAACCACCUUUCCAAGCCAAAGAUGUUAAUACAAUAUAUUCAAGAAUUAAAAAUAGUGAAUAUACAUUCCCAAUAAAUAAAUCGAUAUCUCAAGAGGCAAAGACAUUAAUUCAAGAUAUUUUAAUUAAUGAUCCUAUUGCAAGACCAUCGAUUAACGAAAUUAUGGAAUACGUUUGGUUUAGAGGAACAUUCCCAUCAAUGACUUCCAAUACAGUUUUCACCGAAAUUCCAGAAUAUGAUCAAUUUUUAACUCCAAAUGAAUCAUUAAAUAAUUUUAGAAAUUGUAUGAUACAAUCAGGAUUAAUUCUACCUGACAAUAAAGGCAAUAAUGGUACUAUUUUAUCUACAAACAAUAUUUCUAGUGCAGUUGAUAAUGAAAUAACGAAUGAUUCUACUACUAAUAAGAUUUUACAAUUAAUUGAGAAUGAUUUAGAAAAAUAUAAUCAACAUACAAUUUUACCAUAUUCGUUAUCACCAGGAGGUACUAAGAAUAAAUAUAAAGAAGUUAUUGAUAUUGAAGCCCAAAGAAAAUUGAAUGAUUUAGCCAGAGAGGCAAGACUUCGCAGAGCUCAACAAGCUAAUGCCAAGAAACAUUUAAUUGCAAGUUCUACAAAUCGAAUUAAUUGUGAAAUAUCUUUAAGAAUUUUAGCCAGUGAAUGUCAUUUAACAUUGAGUGGUAUAUUAGAAGCCGAAGCUCAAAAAAAAAUGGGUGGAUUACCACCAUCAAGAUUACCUAAAAUUAAACACCCCAUUGUUGUUACUAAAUGGGUUGAUUAUUCAAAUAAACAUGGGUUUUCUUAUCAAUUAUCCACUGAAGAUAUUGGUGUAUUAUUUAAUAAUGGUUCCACUAUUUUAAGAUUGGCAGAUGCUGAAGAAUUUUGGUAUAUUAAUUAUGAUAAAAAUGAAGGUUGGGUAGCCAGUCAUUAUUUAUUAAAUGAAAAACCCAAUGAAUUAAUUAGACAUUUAGAAGUUGUUGAUUUUUUCACUAAAUAUAUGAAAUCUAAUUUAAGUAGAGUGUCUACAUUUAUUAGAGAAGAUUAUCAUAAAGAUGAUGUAUUUUUAAGAAGAUAUACACGUUAUAAAGAUUUUGUUAUGUUUGAAUUAAGUGAUGGUACAUUUCAAUUUAAUUUUAAAGAUCAUCAUAAAUUUGCCAUAUCUGAUGGUGGUAAAUUAGUUACAUAUAUUUCUCCUACACAUGAAAGUUUAACUUAUCCAUUAAUUGAAAUAUUAAAAUUGGGAGAAAUACCAGAUUAUUCUUCAUGUAAAUUUUUAGAAAAAUUAUCAUUGAUUAAAGAAUCAUUAAAAAUCAAAUCAAGCAUUGUAUCAAUAAAUGAUGAUACUGGUAUGAAAUAG